AUGCAACAUAUACGAGGAGUUGGGAGUGUUCGGUUUCAUCACCCGGUGCUCCCUCGAGGCAUCGUUGAUCCAGAACUUCAGCAUGUUCAGCAUUGGGCGGAUCCUGGGCGGGUCGAUCCCCAGAUGGAGCGCUUGCUUGAGACUUCCGUGGGCAUCUGGGCUCCAGCCUCUUGGUCUCAAGGGUCCGUCGGUUCUAAGGUCACCCGUCUCGCCGCCAGCACGUCGCGGCAGCGCAUCCUGGGCCGCUCGCGGGCGGAGCAGCCAGGGCGUCGGCAAGCUCCGACCAGGAGAGCGUGCUCCUCCCGAGCAACCGGGGGAACCCCGGCGGCCUCCACGCGAGGUGGCCCCCGCUCAAGGCUCUCUUCGACGUCGGCCUCUGCGUCGCAGCUGCGGCACUCGCAGUGGCGGUCGUGA